AUUACCUUAAUUUUCCGUGAAAUUGGAAAAUGGAGGAUUCUGAUUAAGAAAUUACUGAUUAUUACUAACACAAUUCAUAACUAUUUAACGAUUAAUUAAUAAAACAGCACAAUGGGUGGUCAUAAACGCAAAGGACAGUCUCAAAGGACUAAAAACAAUAUGAAGCCGUCUAACAGUGGCAGAAUAGCAGAACUUGUGGACAACAAAGGUUUUCAGUUUUCAUCUUUUUCUACAUUAAGUGAACCACACUUGGCCUCCUCUUCGACACAAAUGCCUAGUAUGUCAUUACUUUCAAUUGAAAUGUUUUGCCCAAACGUUGAUCCAAAUUUCCAAGUAGUUUUCAAAAAAAUCAACAAGAAGGAUGCGACAACUCGUUUUAAGGCUUUGCAGGAAUUGAAAGAUCUCUGUAAAGCAUCUACACCUGAAGUAAUUAAAGAAGUAUUACCUGUAUGGGCUCGAAUCUAUUGCAUAUUAGCAAUUGAUGUUGAACAUAGAGUUCGUGAAGCUGUACAAGAAGUUCAUCGUCUCAUUGUUAACUCGGUCGGAAGAAAUUUAGCUCCUUACUUGAAGCAAAUCGCUCCACUUUGGUUUAUUUCCCAGUAUGAUACUUACGCUCCAGCUGCAUCUAUUGCAUCGAAUGCUUUUCAGGAAGUUUUUUCUGCCCAAAAAAUGAUAGAAGUCAUUUCCUUCUGCCAAGGAGAAAUAUUAAAUUACAUUAAAGAAAAUGUUUUAAAUCUUACACCACAGUCACUUUCAAAAGGAGAUCUCAACAAAGAUGAAAUGGAAGCAAAAUACGAGAGAAUUAUUGUUUCCAGUUUAAAUGGCUAUGCUCUUUAUCUAUCAAAAAUUCCUGAAGAACAAAUCGAAAAUUAUAAAACUAUCAAUCAAGAAAUCGUAUCAUCGUCCAAGUUUUGGAAGUUUUCUAAAUUUAAGUCUGCACCUAUUCGUUCAGCAUGGUUUACUUUGCUCUCUUCCCUUUGCCAGAAUUGUGUUUUCCUUUUGGAAAAUGAGAAAAAACAGGUAGCUAAUUCUAUCAUCGGAGGAAUUGAUGAUUACGAUUCUGCUGUAUUAUCUAUUGUUUGGGAAGCGGCUCUUCACUCAUUUACUCACAUUAAGGAUUUUUGGCUUCAUGUUAAUAUAGAUAAAUUUUUUUUGCCGAAAUUCUGUAACAUAUUGCAACACGGAGGUCAAGGAAAUGCUUCCUGUAUCUAUCCGAAUAUUCUACUUUUACUUAAUAGCAUCCCUGAAGAUGUGAUAAACGAUAAACAUCAAUUCUUUGAAAAAAUAUUCGGUAGUUUUCAAGCUGGGAUGAAGUUACAAUUAGUCGUUCAAAGUCCAAGUGAGAGUGAUGCAGUUGCUUCAUCUUUUCUCGAAUGCAUCCAGUAUCUCAUUAAAACAAAUAUAGAAGAUAAGGAGUUUUGUCUAUUUCUUCUUGAACAGCACCUACUGAAGGCUUUAUCCACAUAUAUGCUCGAAACAGUUUAUCGUUAUCAACUGAAAGCUUUUGUGAAAUCCUUGUCACGCAUGAUUAUAUACUGGCACAAAAAUGAAGAUUCUCUAGAAUUCUAUGGUAUUCUCAUUCAGAAAUUUUGGACAGAUCUCCUGUCUCUAUCUGUAACUAGUUUCAAAAAUUGUUCCUAUAAAGAACAACUUUCUGUCAUUUUGCAAUCUCAUUUUAUGGUGAUCAGUAUUCUGAAUACACCGCAUGCACCGUUAAAAAAAAAAUUAAGGGUGUCUUUUGUGGAAGAUUCAAAAGUCGAUGGAAAUGUUAUUGAAUCGAAAAAUCUGAAAGAUACAAAUUUUAUUAAAAAUAACACUGAAAAAAAACUCGAGGACAAUAUGCUUGUCUUUGCAAAAGAGUUAUUUAAGGAGUAUUAUAAGUUUAGUCUGGAGACAGAAAAUAAGGAAAUGCAAAUUCUUAUGCUUUCACAGAUGAAUAAAAUAAUUGAAUUACUAAAUGCUCAUUUGAACAGUUUUAUUUUAAUUCUUGAACCAAAAUGGAGUACCUCAGUUUUUUCAUGGCUAAGGGAUAGUGAGAUAUCGAUGGAAAAUCUUUUAGGAAUAAUUUUUUGUAGUUUGGAAUACCUCGAUACUAAUGACCAGACACAAUUGAUGACCGAAUUGACACAGGAGAGAUGUAAAGAGUGUUUAAAGGAUGCUUUAAGAGUAGCAUAUAAUACCGAAAAUGUUAAAUUGAAGCAGUGGCUUCAAUCUGAAGAUAUGAAAAAAGAGAUCUGUCAGACUUAUAAAGAAGUUUGUGAUGAAGAAAAUAAAGUAAUUUCUGGAAUAGCGAAACACUUUUUUGACUUAAAUAUUGAUAGAGAGUUUAUUGUUGGAGUGCCCACAGUUAUUUCAUUAUUAGAAAUAAUUAAAGUACAAUUGUCUUCUAACAAUGAAAGUAAUCUGAAAAUCGCAACUGAAAUGGCUGAUACUCUGUUAAAUAAGAUUGCUUCUGUUAAAAAAGCACGUUACGCAGCUAUAACAUUAACUAUGCUUGAGCCUAUAUUUGUUAACAUAAUUGAAGGUCAUGGCAAUGUUGUUUUUAAAACUUGGGAAAAAGGAAUGCAAUAUGUAGUCGAAAGUGAAAUUGAUAAGACCAUAUUAAAUGAGCAUUUGCUUAAGUUGUGUGAUCAACUCACCACUUUUAUAACUAAUAGAGAAACGAAAUUUGAUUCAAAGUUUAUCCAUUACUCAGUGAUACAUCUCCUCACUAUUCUUAUAAAUAAUGACGAAACAAAAAACAUGGGUUUUACGUUCAUCAAUACUUUACUGUCUUCCAUCUAUUCGAAUUUAUUUAAAACGUUACAAAGACAGAUUGAAGAAAUAUGCUUAUUCGGAGAUGCCAUUAAUGGAAAACUAAAUCACCACCUAAACAUUCCAGAAAAUAGUAAUGUCAGUUUGGUUAAAGAAAAGUGGGAUCCGCUUCGUGACAUAAACGUCCUUGGGUAUGUCAGAUCUCUAGAUUUUGUUUUGAUGAUAAUGUUGUCCGCUUAUGGGGUAGAAAUAAAUGAAGAAGAAAAGGUAUGUGACUGGGAACAUAAGUUGGUAUUUCUUCCUAAUAUUCUAAAUGAAGUGAGAAACGAAUUUGAUUUACCUAUUAUAAACCUUUCUUGUGGAUUGGUCCUUCUGAAAAAAUUCAAGAUCUACUAUAGCAGUACAAGGCAGUAUUUUGAUGUCAAAAACUAUAUUGAACCAUUUGGCAGAUUGAUGAAAGAACUUAUACAAAGUUGUGAUCCGAACCAACAGAAAAGGAUAUUGAAUAAAUUUGCAUCAGUUAAUCUGCCUGCAUCAAAUAUAUUGUGUUCUGAAGCUAAAGAGGUAAUUCUGGAAUUUCUCGAAGGUACAUUGCAGGAUGAAACUAGUAAGGCAUUGGCAAACAUUCAUAUCGAUGAAAAAGUUUCAGAAUUUAUUUUAGAUAUUAAUGAAGUUCGUAAGUUAAGGAAGCAGUUGGAAAACCUAAGUUUGUCCCAUAAUGAAAUGAACACUACAUUGAAAAUUGUUGCUGAAAAAUUCAGAGAGUCAUUUAUUUUUCCUAAGUCUUUAGAAGAAAUCCCAGAAAAUCUUUUUGGAAUAGCCGCCGAAGUGGCGUGGUUAUUUCAAACAGCAAUCGCACGACACCCAACAAUAUUAAAUACUGUAGCUUGGGAUUUUGCCAGGGUAUCCGUGACGAGGUGGCUAGAAUGCAUCUCUUUCAUUAAGGAUAUGCCUGAUGACUGUUUUGAACUGAUCGCGAUGAGUUCAGCAACAUGCAGAUUGUUAAUAACCAUAUCAGACACCCUCAGCGUUGAAGAAUCUUUAGCCAGCUACUGCGAAGAGUGGAAAGAAGUUUUUGCAGCUGAUGCUUACUACUUUCUUUGCAAAUCUUGGAAAAAUAUUACUGAAACCGCUCUAAGUCGAGGUGUUAACUACAUGACAUUUCUUCACAUCGUUCAACUCAGUGAAACUAUUAGUUACCUGUGCGACAUGAAAACAUUUCACAAGUUGAAACCAGAGAACGGCAGCAUUAAGGAAUGGGUCGAGUUCACCAUGACUUGUAUUCUAGCACCUUCUGUUCCCGUGCAGCUGACUUCUUAUAAAAUUUUAGAAGUAUUAUUACCAAAUCUGACUAAGCUGGACGAGGGCUUGAAUGAAAGCUCUUUAGACAAAAUAUCUUGUAAUAUGUUUGAGCCGAAACUGAUGGAGACUCAGACCGUUUUCAUGACGAUGUUACAAGAUUUCAGCAUUGGUGUUAGCUGUUCAGUAGCACCAUUCACCGACAGUUACACCUACAGCCUUGCUUAUUUACUACUGUGGUCGGUACUGAUAAAAAUUUGCCAAGAAGGUGAUUUGCAGCAGAAGUAUAUUUACCCUUUGUGGAUAAAAGAGAAGGAUAUCAUACAUAAAUUUAUAGAAGGUGUCGCUAAAGUUAUGCCAGAAUCUGUGAUUUAUUUCUUAGAAAAAAAUGUGAAAAAAGGACAGGAAUUCUUCGUGAACAAACCAUCUCAUUCAUUUUCUGAUUGGACAAGUGAAAAGUUGAGUCAUCUGGGAUGUUGGCUUCUUUCUGAGCUUAUGGCUACUCUACCCGCAGUCGUGAGGCAGUGGGCAUCCGAGGCGGAACCCAAGCAACUCGCGUUCAUCGACAGGCUUGUAACGGCCUUUAUAUCUCCUAAUCUUGCUGCUAGAGAAAUGUUAGCCAUUAGUAAGCAGCAGAAAUCAUUCGACAACAUGAAGGUUUAUACACAUCCUUCCGUUCGAGAAGUUGUUGCGGUGUACACGGUUGAAGAAAGUUCGACAGAGUUGGUUGUCCAGUUAGCUUUCGAUCACCCUUUGUCGCCUCCGAAAGUUGAUAUUUCAAAGGCUAUGAUUUCUUCAAUACAGACCCGUCAGUGGUUGAAACAGCUUACGAUAUUUUUAACGCAUCAGAAUGGUUCUAUAUGGGAAGGUCUUGUUUUAUGGAAAAAUAAUUUAGAUAAGAAAUUUGAAGGGAUCGAGGAAUGUUACAUAUGUUUCUCGAUUCUCAAUAACACAACACACCAGCUUCCCAAGCUCUCAUGUCAUACUUGUAAAAAGAAGUUCCAUUCUUAUUGUCUCUAUAAAUGGUUUUCAACUAGCCACAAGUCGACUUGCCCCAUUUGUCGGGCUAUAUUUUGAUUUACCCUUUAGAUAAUACUCGGGGUGCUGUAAACUAUUUUUUUCUAAUAAAUAAAUUUAUUUAUUUUGCUAUAUAAAAUUGUAAUUUCAUUCUUAAAUUCCCAGUUAUUAUCAUUUCAAUGUGAAAUAUACUAUUUAAUUGGCACGUUCAUUAGUAUCUAUAUUUUACUGGAAUCCUAUAUUAUUAAGGUCUUCUAUUAGUUUUCUUUCAGAAGAAUAUUCAAGCCACCAGAAGCAAAUGCCAGUUCAAUUCUUGUAUAUGAAGAUUGAAUUCCAGUUUAUUUUCUAUCAACAGGAUUAAUUCAUGCCCUACAUUAGUAACCCGAAUAACCCAGAAACUUUCAGUGGUUUAUUAUUAUACUUGAAUCAUGAUGUGUCUUUUCAAUAAUUAAUUUUUAAUGUAUAAUUAUUGAGCAAAAAAAAAAAAAAUGAAGUUUUGAAAAUUGUUUUCCUUAAAACUAAACAAACCUUAAAGUUGGCCUUGGGUAUAGUAAAUACUUGAUGUUAUCUUUAGGGAAUCAAUCAAGAAUGUGAUAUUUUCAGUUUGCAUAUAUGUAUUUAAUUUGAUGCCUCAAUACUUGGUAAGAGACCAUGUGAAAGGACAAAAAACGGACAGAUAGAUCGAAUAAAUAAAGGUGUUGGAGAAUUACUGAAAGAAGUAGUCCAAGGUAGGCAGAAGUAUUAUUUGAGGUAGAGCAUGUUAAAGCUUUGCCCGUUUUAACAUAACCGAGUCUAGUGGUCCAGUUCAAAUCUAGCCAUCGACCUUUUUUUCCACUGUGGUUAGAAUAGAUUUAGUUGUACUAAUAGAACUAUAUUUUUAAUGUUUAAAAGUCAUAACAAAUGAUCCUUCCAUCCAAUUGUUUGCUGUGUCGAAGAGGCUGUUUUCGUUUCUUAAGAUUUUGUAAAGCAAUCUUAUAAACCUUAUAUAUCUAAAAAAUGUAUAAUUAUUAUUUUCACUUACCUAUGCAUUAUUAAGCCUCCAAUACUGAUAAUUAAAUAAUUAAAAUUAUAAGUAUUUUCCCAACUUAAUGUAAGCUUAUCAAAAAAUGUUGAAUUUUCUUCAAAGCAGGGGAUGCCAUGAAAAAAUUUGGGUAAGCACUCUGGAUAACUAAAUUUAGUAUUAAUACAGUGUAGAUUGAAAGAGAGGCAAAACAAAUAAGAUAGCAUAAUGAUAAGGGAAUUCUGUUCUUAACAGGUCCUGAAUAAAAUUAAAGUAACCUGAAUUUAAAACAAUUUUGGAGCUUAACUAACUAUUAAGGACAUAUAGAAUGGAUUUAAGAAGUAUUUGUGGAUCAUAAGGAUACUUGGUUUAUAAACAAUUAUUUUAUGAAACCUAAUUAUAUCUUAUUCAGUUCAAAAUGUUUGAGUCGACUACAUUCAAGAUUUAUUUGAUUAACAGCUACGGUAAUUUUCUAUGGAUCACUGGAUAAUUAUCUAAAAUGACAAAAUAGGUUGUUUCCUGUUACUUCCAUUUUCUUUUUAUUAUACUAAUCGAAUUUGUAAGCAAGAAAAAAAGUUAAAAAGAAAGACAAUUCAAAUUCCCAAAGAUGGUCAAGAAAGUACAAUGAUAAAUAACUGUAAUAAGAUAUUUUUUAAAGAAUUAAUUGUAUAGGAAUCCUUUAAUAAAGAUAAAACAAUUUUAGCCUAAGAAAUAAAAUGGAAUUCUUAAAAGAAAUAAAAAUACAUAGUUAAAUUAUUUUAUUAGUACACAAUCUUCCUAAGUCUUUUUCAUGGCCAUUUUUUUUUUCAUGUGGUACAAGUGUAAAAGUUUAGUCUUAUAUGUCAGGUAACGUGAUCUUACAGUAUUAAGUUCCAUAUUAAAAAUCUGAUUUAACAUUAUAUUAUAUGCUAGAAGUUGAUCUGUUCUAAACAUAUCCCAUUUUAUUAAAUGAUCAGACUCCAUCGAUCGGUCUGAUAAAUAAUGUAAGAGCCAAUCUGGUGGUUUAAAUAAUUCUUCUGGUUGAUUCAUUCUUAAUUUUACAAUUCUCACUUUUUCUUUGGUGAAGUAUUAAUCCUAA